AUGACGUCGCCGCCGCUGAUCGACCUGCGCGGCAAGAAGGCCCUGGUCACGGGCAUCGCCAACAACCGCUCCAUCGCAUGGGGCAUCGCCCAGCAGCUGCACGCCGCCGGCGCCGAGAUCGGCGUCGCCUUCCUGCCCAUGAACGACAAGGUCGAGGCCAAGGUCCGCACGCUCACCACCCCGCUCGAGCCCUCGCUCUUCGUCCCGUGCGACGUCACCAAGCCGGAGGAGAUUACGGGUCUCGCCGACUCUAUCCGCGAUCAGUGGGGCGGCAUUGACAUCUUCGUCCACUGCCUCGCCUUCGCCGAUAGGAGCGAUCUGGAGGGCAAUUUUUCAGCCACGAAGAAGGCAGGCUUCGAAAAGGCUCUCGACAUUUCCGCCUACUCGCUCAUCGAGAUGACGGGCGCCUUGCGUCCGUUGUUUAACGAGGGUGCCUCGGUUGUCACCAUGUCCUACAUCGGCUCUUCGAGGGUCGUGCCCAACUAUAAUGUCAUGGGUGUCGCGAAGGCCGCCUUGGAGGCCUCCGUGCGCUACUUGGCUUCCGAGCUAGGCCCGGACGGCGUACGGGUAAACGCCGUGUCGGCCGGUCCCAUCCGCACCCUCGCUUCGUCGGCUAUCGGCGGCAUUCAGACUAUGAUCAAACACGUUGAAUCGUCCGCCCCGCUGCGUCGCACUGUCACACAGAUCGAGGUGGGGAAUGCCGCCUCUUUUCUGCUCUCAAGUGCCGGCUCGGGAAUCACCGGACAGGUCUUGUAUGUCGAUGGGGGAUACGAGAUCAUGGGAACGCCAGCAGACAUGCAAUGAGGAAAGAGGAAAGUGCAUCAGAGCAUUGCUCGCCUUUAUUCCCCAUUUCUUGCGCUUCCGCCGCGCCUGGUGUGUCGUGGGGGGCGUUCGUCGAUGCAGGACUAUUGGGACGUGGGUUUUAGACCUUUGCGCAUCUCCCCGAACAAGUCUUUCGGUUUUGCGCCUGGCCCGCCCUGUUCGUUUGUGUAGAGUUGUGAACGGUCAGAUAUUGCCAGACAUCCGGCAGCAUUAAACUAAACGCGCGCCUGAGAUAUUCAAGAGGUAGCAGUGG